AUGGACAAUCACGAGCUUUGUGACACUUGGGCCAAGUAUGGUGAAUGUGAAAAGAACCCAGCUUACAUGCACGCCGAAUGCAUGUCCAGCUGCAAUCUGUGUGGCAAGAAUAUCACUCUCACACCUGAAUGUGCUGACUCCAAUGGCAACUGCGGGGUGUGGAUGAGAGAAGGCCGCUGUGACACAAGCAAGGAAUUCAUGGAAGUCAUGUGUGCGGCUAGCUGCGGUAUCUGCGAAGGUGAUGCGGCUCCCAUGCCGAGCGGCGAUGACCAGCCGACGCGCUGCGGUGCCAACGCCAACUGGGACGUUGUGUGGUCAGUCGGAAUGAUAUUGGCCUGUUGGUUAUUCCGACAUCAUCUAUAAGUAGUGAUCGCUUGCCACCGGUCGUCUGCAUGUGACUAAUUAGUUCCAACUUAGGAAAGGCCAAGUGUCAACCUAUACUUUAAACAAAAACAUUACUGUAAUUUUUUAAAAAGAAACAAAUGAACAAACUCGAUUCGUUAUGACAUACAACCGUGAAAUCAAUUACACAUAGACAUUUUAUUUUCAGUUUUCGUUAAGUUUCAGAAUUACAUUGAUUUGAAAAGCAUAGGGGUUGAAAAUUGGCACUCUCUCAAUCGACUGAAUCGACUAAAGGCACUUACAUGUAGAUAGGUAAGUUGAGGCUUUUGAGAAUACAGGGCCAAUAUAAAGUAAUAAAAACUUAAUCGUCAUUUUUGUAUAUACCUUUGUGGGAUUAUCUACUUUAGCCUGAUGGCCUAUCAUUUCACUUGUAAAUUUCGUGAAAGCGUUUUUGUUUUCUUCCUUAUUCAAAAUUGCUCAGAAUGUGCAAAUAUCCCUAAAAGUUAAAGGGAAAACAGAACAACGUUAUCAGUUGUUCAAAAUCCAAUGAAAAUUCUAUUCGCAUUGAAACUAUUACCUUGAAAAAUGAUCAAAGAUUGUUUAUGAGACGGCCAACCAUAUAGCCCCGUUUAGUCUCAUUUGAGAACGCCCCCUAUCGUCAGAGUCCAGCAGCCUAUAAACAUGUUAGCCUAUGGACU